AUAAGCCACAGCACUUCCUUUAUCUGAAUAUAAGAACCUGGGAUCUCAUGAGAACAGAUUCUGAGCACAACAAGGUUCUUAACUGAAACCAUGCAUCUCCUAGACUCCUGGACCCACAUCCCUCACGGUGUCCUGCUGUUGAUCCUACUGCUGGGAUGUAAAGGAGCAGCUAUGAAAGAGCUGAAGGUGAUCCAACCUGAGAAAUCAGUUUCUGUUGGUGUUGGAGGGUCAGCCACUCUGAAUUGCACAGUGACAUCUCUGACCCCUGUGGGGCCCAUCAGGUGGUUCAUGGGUGUAGGACAGAGUCGACACUUGGUAUAUUCUUUCACUGGAGAACACUUCCCCAGAGUAACACCUGUUUCUGAUACUAUAAAGAGAGACAACCGAGACUUUUCAAUACGCAUUAGUAAUGUCACUCUUGCUGAUUCGGGUACCUACUACUGUGUGAAGUUCCAGAGAGGAACAUUAGACCCUGAUAUUGAGAUUCAGUCUGGAGGCGGCACUGAGUUGUUUGUAUUUGCUAAACCAUCUCCCCCUAUGGUCUCGGGUCCUGGAGCCAGAGCUGUCCCUCAGCAGACAGUGAGCUUUACAUGUAGAUCCCAUGGAUUCUCUCCUCGGAACCUCACAGUAAAGUGGUUCAAAAAUGGAAAUGAUAUCUCUCAUGUGGAAACUUCUGUGGAACCUAAAAGAAAGAAUGUCUCCUAUAGCGUCUCCAGCACAGUCCAGGUGGUGUUGGGACCUAGGGAUGUAUGUUCUCAGAUCAUCUGUGAGGUGGACCAUAUAUCCUUAGAUGGAGGCCCUCUCAGAGGGAUUGCUCACUUCUCUGAUAUCAUCCGAGUUCCACCCACCCUGGAGAUAAGCCAGCAGCCAACAAUGGUAUGGAAUUUGAUAAAUGUCACCUGCCAGAUAGAGAAAUUCUAUCCUAAGAACUGUCAGGUGACCUGGUUAAAGAAUGGAAAUACAUCUGGAGGAGAUAUACCCUUAAAAUAUGUAGAAAACAAGGAUGGGACUUACAACUCGACCAGCUGGCUCUUGGUGAACAUAUCUGCUCUUGAGAAGGACACAGUACUCACAUGCCUGGUUGAGCAUGAUCAACAGCCAGAAGUAAUCAAAACCCAUACUGUGGUGGUCACUGAACAUCACAGGGAGCAAGAACUGAAGAUAUCAGUUAUUGCUAAAAUCCUUGUAUCUGUACUUCUUGGACCCAAACUACUGUUGAUAAUUGCUGCCACUGUCAUUUACAUGUACAAGAAGCAAAAUGUCUGAAUAAGCUAAGCAUGGAAAUAGAUGCUGAUAGCAGCUGCUGAAGACUACGACUAAGGACUCCAAUAGAAGGACGAAUUCUAUUCAGAAUUUCUUGUUGUUCCUCUAUGUAUGUAUUGCUAUCCCAGAGCUUGAAAGCUGUUUAUAUUGAGUUGUAUUCUUGGUGUCUUUAUUUUCAUUAUUAAAAGAAUUUAAGGCUGUACAU